GGCGGAGUAGCCAGGAGGGUGGGUUCUGCAUCUUCCGAAGGACAGAAAUGUGGACCAACUGCGCUUCCCCACAGCAGAUCACCAGCCAACGGGUAGUGGCAGCGCCGAUUCUGGUCCGCCAAUAGAGGGAGCGCGGCUGCAGGGACAGCCGCUUCCUGGAGACUACAGGUGUAGGAGCGAGCGCCGCGCCCCUGGCCGGACGGGCUGGUGAAGCAGGCAGGAUGAAUGUGGGGGUGGCGCACAGCGAAGUAAAUCCGAAUACUCGAGUGAUGAAUAGCCGGGGCAUCUGGUUGGCCUACGUCAUCUUGGUAGUACUGCUGCAUGUGGUUCUACUCAGCAUCCCCUUCUUCAGCAUUCCUGUUGUCUGGACCCUGACCAACGUCAUCCAUAACUUGGCAAUGUAUAUUUUCCUACAUACAGUGAAGGGGACACCCUUUGAAACGCCUGACCAAGGAAAGGCUCGGCUACUGACGCACUGGGAACAGAUGGACUACGGCCUCCAAUUUACUUCUUCUCGCAAGUUCCUCAGCAUCUCUCCUAUUGUACUCUACCUCCUGGCCAGCUUCUACACCAAGUAUGAUGCUGCUCACUUCUUCAUCAACACAAUCUCACUUCUUAGCGUUCUGCUUCCUAAGUUGCCCCAAUUCCAUGGAGUUCGUCUCUUUGGCAUCAACAAAUACUGAGGGGUGGGACUGGAGAGCUUCGCAGGUGUGGGGAAGGCCUUGGAACAAAGGGCUAUAAGCAUCCUUCCAUUCUUCUCCAUUCUGUUUUCUGUACCUUGAAAGCCUUUGAACUAUACAAUCUUUCCCAAACUCCUAGGAAGGGAAGAGAUUGGAAAAUGGGCUCCAUGGUCCAGCCCUGCUAAAGGCAUCUUUCUUUGAAUUAGAAAAGGUGGAUGAGGCUAAGGGCCAAAUCACCCUUCUCUACAGCAGGAAGUCACGUUAGGACAGCUUUUCCGGUGAUGAUGUUUCUUCAUGUCUUUCACCCCUGCUACCUUCCAGGCCUGUUUUGUUGUGUAUUUUCCUUACAAUAAAGGUAAAUUUUUUCA